AUGGGGUUCGGCCACCUGCCUGUGCCCGGGGCGGCGCGCGCCGGUGGAGCUGCGCUGCCUCUAGUCGUCAACACCUGGGCGUUUCGGAAAGCGACGGAAACAGCAUGGUGUACCUUAAAGUCAGGAGGCUCUGAGCUGGAUGCAGUAGAGAGAGGCUGUGGUCAGUGUGAGAUUGAACAGUGUGAUGGAACUGUAGGGUUUGGAGGAAGUCCAGAUGAACACGGAGAAACAACAUUAGAUGCCAUGAUUAUGGACGGCAACACCAUGGAAGUUGGAGCAGUUGCAGAUCUCAGACGUAUAAAAAAUGCUAUUGGUGUGGCACGGAAAGUGAUUCAGCACACUAAGCACACGUUAUUAGUGGGCGAGUCAGCCUCAUUUUUUGCAGAAAGCAUGGGUUUUCAAUGUGAAGAUUUAACCACCCAGAAUUCUCUUUCAAUAUAUUUAAGGUGGCUUAAUCAAAGCUGUCAGCCAAACUACUGGAAGAACGUAAUACCAGAUGCUUCAAAAUCCUGUGGACCAUACAAACAGGCUAAACAAUUUAAUAGUGAAGAAUGGAUCAACUCACAGAGAAGAAUAAAUAUUCAUAAUCAUGAUACGAUUGGCAUGAUUGUAAUUGGUGCUUCUGGAAAUGUUGCAGUGGGGACAUCUACAAAUGGUGCAGUCCACAAAAUGCAAGGGUUAGUAUUUGUAACUCGAGAAAAAUGCAUAUGUUUAAAAAAAAUAAAAAAUGCAUCUGGGGCUGGAGCAUAUGCUGACAGUACAGCUGGAGGAGCUGCAGCCACUGGAGAUGGUGAUAUCAUGAUGCGCUUUUUACCCAGCUAUCAAGCAGUGGAGUAUAUGAGGACAGGAACAGAUCCAACUAUAGCUUGCCAAAAAGUUAUUUCCAGGAUCCAGAAGUAUGCUCCAUUCUUCUUUGGUGCUGUUAUAUGUGCCAACACUACUGGAAGCUAUGGUGCUGCCUGCAAUAAAGUUCCAGGAUUCACUCGUUUUCACUUCAUGGUCUAUAGCCCUAUGCUAAAUCAUUCAUCUGAACAAGUAGUAGACUGCAUUUAGUUCUUUCACUUUUUUUUUCUGUGCCAACUGCAUUUAUACUUAAAAGACCACGGAGAAAAAGAAAGCGGAAAAGGCUCACUGCCAUUUCCUUUUUUAUGGAUACGUGAGUACGUGGAGAAAGCAUCUCUCUCUCUCUCCUCGUUUUAACGUUUUUUGGUUUAUAAGCAUGCCACCAGUAUGUUACUAAACUUAAUCUUUUCUCAAUCUAGCAAACUAAUUUAAUAAUCUGGUGGGUUAUAUCCAAAUUCUGGUGGGCAGUUUGGUUUCAUCUACCAGAUGAAUAAAUGUAUCUAUUUUUAGAUUACACGAUAUUGCAUAGAGAUCAAAAAUAUCUAUUGAUGAUAAAGUGGGAUUUAAAUACUUUACUGAUGUAUAUGGGUGAUUAUGUUUUAAAAUGGAAAAUACCUUUUGGAAUCAGUCUCAAAAACUGAAAGUUUGCAUGACUUUUGUUUCAAGAAGAACUGGAAAGAACAAUUUCGUGGCUGAUCGGAGAGCAACAAAGUAAGUUGCUUCUUUUGUGGUGAUACAUCAUCAUUCUGUGAUGUUCAGUCACAGUAAUGCAGUGCAUUGCAAAUGAUAUCCUGAAAAGUCAGGAAGUUACUUUAUUUGUAUCUUUUUGUGACUCAGGUAUGCUAUAUCUUCCCUUCCUUUUUACUUUUACUUCUGGGAACAAAUGGAGAUGUUUCAAUCACAAAGUGUUGGGUAGGAUCCCAACAGCUGAUAGACUCAUUUUCAGACGAUGGUUUCCAUACUGUACUUCUCAUUUCAUUUCCUAUGUUGUGUUCUGUCAUUGAGGGCAGUGCUUCUGUGAUCAGCAUUCCAUUGUUGCCUAAGAUAUACAGAUUUCAGGUCUACAGGACAGAUCCAGAAGAACUGUGGGUGGAAUGACUUACUUUUCUGUAUUAAAUAUUCUACAAAAUGAAUUAUGGCUAGUGAAAUCUCUUCAUUUU